AUGUCCCCUUCCAACAAUGCUUCUGAGGAAGUCGUCUUGGGACCCCCUCCCAUCACGCCAGGUGGCACCUAUACUUUGCAGACUGUCUCUGUAGGCUGCAAAAUCUUUAUUCGACGACCAGGGCCCGAUGGCGAAACUGAAGAACGACUUGCUGAGAUACUGUCAAUUCGGGACCGAGCUGCAAAUCCAUCUGCCCGCAACAAGGAGGUGAAACAAGAGGACCCGGCAGACAAGUGGGAGUUCUUUGUACACUGGGAUACUUUCAACAAGCGGCUUGACGAGUGGGUUGCUGGCUCGCGCCUAAUCCUCUCCCGUGAUCUCGAGUGGCCUCGCCCCAAGGUGAUCCAGCCUAAAAAGCAACCACCAGCGGCCAAGGACACCAAUAAGAAGGUCCCCAGUAAAGCACCGAAGAAUCAGCUGCUCAGAAAGGCGACAACAAAGGCGGCAUCCAUAUCCAAAUCUCCCCUCCCUAUCACACCUAGUUUCUCUGCUUCCCCUUCACCACGACCACUGAAACGGAAACUUGAGGAGGAAGAAGAGGAGUUUGACGGAGAUGAAGAUGCCGACGCAGAAGGAGAAAUGGAUGUUGACGCCGAGUUUGACCUCAGUUUAUCUGAGCCAGCGCCUAGUACAGAGCCACCCGACACAUUCAGCAAAGAACAAGAAAUCGAGAAAUUGCGGACGUCAGGCUCGAUGACCCAGUCUGUUUCUGAAAUCGCACGAGUCAAAAACCUGAAUCGCAUCCAAAUCGGCAAGCAUGAGGUUGAUGCGUGGUAUUUCUCGCCUUAUCCCAAGGAAUACGCCCAUCUUCCGGUGCUUUACAUCUGCGAAUUUUGUCUUUGCUUCUUUCCCUCCGAAUUCAUGCUUUCGCGACACCGCACCCGAUGCACUCUUCUCCACCCGCCUGGUAACGAAAUCUACCGAUGCGACGACAUUUCCUUCUAUGAGAUCGACGGCAAACGCCAACUGACUUGGUGUCGAAACCUCAGUUUACUGUCCAAAUGUUUUCUUGAUCACAAAACUCUGUAUUACGAUGUAACUCCCUUCAUGUAUUAUGUGAUGGUCCAACGGGACUCUGCCGGCUGCCAUGUUAUUGGCUACUUUUCGAAAGAAAAGGAAUCAGCAGAGAACUACAAUGUGGCCUGUAUUCUUACCCUACCUCAACACCAACGAUAUGGCUACGGAAAGCUCUUGAUCGAAUUCUCCUACGAGCUCAGCAAGAAAGAAGGCAAGCUGGGAAGUCCCGAGAAGCCGUUGAGUGACCUUGGGUUGCUCGGCUAUCGGUCUUAUUGGGCCGACACGAUCUUGGAACUCCUCAUGAAACACACGGAUGGUGACAUGAGUAUUGACGAUAUCGCCCAGAAAACCUCCAUUACGCAUGCUGACAUAACCAACACGUAUAUGCCCUCUUUCCUCGUCCAAGUCGCAAAUACUGAUAGCCAACCUAGGUGUGCGACAUUGGGUUUGUUCAAGCACUACAAAGGCACACACAUCAUCUGCCUCAGUGAUGCCGUCGUCGAGCGCUACGAGAAAUCCAAAGCAAAGCGAAAACGGCGCAUAGACCCUGAAUGCUUGCGUUGGAAGCCACCAGUUUUUACGAGAGAUCAACUACGGUUUGGGUUUUAG